UCGAAAUCGUAGGAAGUAGGAAAAAAUAGGAUGCUUUCUCUCACAAAAUAUUUGUGCGAAUGUCAAAUAUUCCGAAAAAUUGAAUUAUCUGAAUUAAUAUGAAAAUCCUGUGUGACUUUCAAAAUCAAUCUCGCCUAUAACACUAUAAAAAUGCAAGGUGCAAAAAGAGAACUUGAAAGAGUAAUGAAACAUUAACGUCUCAAGGAAUGUUUUGUUACGUCAAGAUUAUUAUACACAUAUCGUUUACAUCCACCGAAAGGAAUAAAGCGAUAUCUUGGGAAAGAUCUGGCGACGUAAGUCGUUUGUGUGCAAGAUGGAAAAAAGAAAAAAAAGAUACUUUUUGACGAGGUCGGAGGAAGAUCGUCAUCGAAUAUCACUUUGUUUCGAGGCCUAAAAGCGAAAUGAAAUUCGAUUGUUAUAUUCUAUUUUCAUUUAAGAGGAGAAAGAUAAUCGGCUUACGGCUUAAGAGUUGAGAGGCUUCCUUAACUUAAUUAUAAACCUAACAGCAUCAUGCGCUCGAAAAGUAGCCGGUGACGGACUUCUUUAGUUCAAUCCGUGUUGACGAAAGGAAUGGUGCAAAUUCCAUAUCUGUCUUUCUUUCAAGCAUUCACGCAAUUGUCAAAACUUUCAGAUAUUUUUAAGUUCAUUAGUAAUUUGUACCUACGGUCGACACGUUAAAAAAAAAGAAGUAAUAAGAAAUCGAGCGGACGAAAUGGCGACUAUAACGAAGCAGGAUAAUCAAGUGAACGAGAAUAAGAAUUGUUCCUCCGGAACGAAGGUCAAACGCAAAUCCAGGUCCGCCAGAAGACGUUUGAACGCGAUGAUGAGCAACGCGUCUUUUCAUUUCUCCGAUACGGAUUCCGAGGGCGAGCUGACAACGAUCACCAACAAGAUCGACAAGCUCGGGGUCGCGCAAAUCUCGCAAACGGACCCUCAAUGUAGCCCCUUAAUCUCCGUCACCGGUGCCGAGGACACUGGGACCUCCGAGGUGAAGGUUGGCGACAAUCUAGACUACCUCAUAGCUGACGGUGAGGCCAGGUCGCGAUCGAGACGCGGCAGCUUCGCGGAAAACCUCACCGACGUCGAUGAGAUCUACAGCGACGAGGAAAACGACCCUAAGAGGAACCUGAAGGUGGCCAACAACGAUUAUGAGGGCGAGACGGACCUGGAGGACAUGGAGGGCGAUGAGGACAUUCAACCGACCAUUUAUGUCACUCCGAGAUCGGACAUUCUGAACGAGUUCGGCGGCGAGAUGAUCACUACCAAAGAGGGUAAUGGACCCUUUUCCGUGGAGGUGCGAAACCGAUUGUCCCGGGAAGAGGUCUCCUUUGAUAAGGCAGACACUGAUAACGUGCCCAAUAUGCCCAACACCGAUAGCGAGGAUAUGGAAGGAUCCGAGGAUGAGGAUAAGCUGGAUGAGGCAGCAGCUUGCAGCCAUUACGUGUACAAUGACAUGUAUGAAGACAUCCUGACAGCGUCCCAAACUGUCAUGAGCAACAAAAAGGAGAACACUUUGCACGUGCCGGAUGUCGCGGAAGAGGCUAUCAGCGACUGUCACACCGAUGUUGAGGACGUCGAUUAAGCGAGAUUGAAUUACUAGGAGAAGGAGAUUAAACAGGUUUGAAAAUAUCAGAAUUCUUGGGAUCAAGGCCUCGAGCAAUUUUUCACGAUCUCCUCACGAUUAUAUUGCGACUAAUGGAGUUUCAAAAUGACGUCGUUAAAAAUGAUUAAUGAAAUAUUGUGUAAGGAGAUACAGACCUCACAACUGUGAUUGGAUCACUGAGGACGUCUAAUAGGAUUUGACACGCUUACACAACUACUGCAAAAUUGCAUAACGUUAUUAAAUGCGAGAAAUCCUUUUUCCAUUUAAUAGGAAGAUAAACAGAAUAUAUUGGAAUCUUUCCUAUCAGAAAGAAUUUUUAUAACAUCCAUCAAGAGCAGCUAUUUUUAAAGCUUCAGAAAUGAUCGAGAAAGUGUAAUGAAGGCUAAAGUUUGUAGAUAAAUUACAUAUUAAUAUUAUGAUGUUUUUCAUAUCGAAAAAACGGCAUAUUGAUUUUAAAUUAUAUAUUUUUAAAUUAG